AUGUCAAAUGAUAAUGACACGAAUGAUUAUAGUGAUUGGUUAGAUAAAUAUUACGAUCGUUUCGAUUAUUCGGACUUUACAGUUUUAGAAAAAAUUGAUACCGGCUCUACCGCACGAAUUAAAAUUGCUACAUUAAAAGAUAUUAAGGAUACUAAAUUUGUUUUGAAAUGUUUUAAUUAUGUUAAUUAUGAUAAAAUAACUCUUGAAAAAGUUGUUAAUGAGAUACGAUUGCUAAGAGAAGUUAACUAUCAUCCUAAUAUUAUAAGAUUAUAUGGUAUCACAAAAGAUCCAAUAUUAGGAAAUUGUUCAUUAGUACUGGAAUAUGCUGACGGUGGUACAUUGCAAAAUUAUUUACAAAAUCAUAUUAAAGAACUUAAAUGGGAUGAUAGAUUUGACUUAGCGUUUCAGAUAGCAAGUGCUAUAUCUUGCUUACAUAAUCACGAUAUUAUUCAUUGUGAUUUGCACUCAGCAAAUAUACUUGUGCAUCAGAACAAAAUUAAGUUGGCGGAUUUUGGUCAAUCAAAAAAAAUUGUCGAAGCAUCAAGUAGUAGUACAUCAAGUGUAUAUGGUGUAGUACCUUAUGUAGAUCCGAAAUUUGACGGUAAAAAUUACAGAUUAAAUAAAAAAUCUGAUGUGUAUAGUAUUGGGGUUAUUAUGUGGCAAAUUUCAAGCGGACGACAACCAUUCCAUACUGAAAAAUAUGACGCAGGCUUAAUGUGCCAAAUAAAAGGAGGAAAAAGGGAAGAAAUAAUUGAAGGAACACCUACUUUUUAUAGUGACUUAUAUGAAUGGUGUUGGAAAUAUGAACCAGAUGAACGACCAGAUAUACAAAAAGUUGUUUCGAUACUUAAAAAGGAGAUGGGUAAAUUAUUUACUAAUUCUAUUACUACAUAUUUAUAA